GCUUUGUCUUCUGCCUCCAUGUCGACGACCGUCGGUAGUCGUCCUCCUCUCGUCAACCGUGCCACUUCUAGGUCUUUGGGACAGAAAUGGGCACGAACAGCCUCUGGUAUCAAGCGACCUCGCUCUCCUGAAAUCGACGCUACCGUGGAAUUCAAACGCCAACGCGCCGCGGGUCCUGAUACUUCAGCACCAAAGUACAAGGACAAGGAGCGCAGACAUACCGAGCGUGCUCAGAAGGAUAAGGAGUUCAAGGACAAAUACUCACGCGCAUUUCCCACCUUCACCUUUCAUUUCGAUCUGAGCCAUCUGGAACCCGAUACCGGUCUUCGGAAGAGCCUUGAGGCCCGUAUUGUACAGCUUGGCGGGGUUAUCGAAGACUUUUUCUCCAAGGAUGUGACCCACCUCAUUACCAAUCAGAAAGGAGAUGGAGAUGACGAUGCCGACAAGGAAAACAAUCCGAAAAGCAGUAUUUCGAAGACGAACUCGACCAUUAAGAGUCCAAGUAAAUCGCGGACUCGCGUCGUCGGAGAUGAUGGUGCUAUGUAUGGUCUUAUCACCAAGGCCGUGGAGUGGAAGAUGAAAACAUGGAGCACAGCCAAACUCGAUAGUGUUCUCUCGCGAUGCCUCGAGGUCCCCAUGCUAACGGGCUCAAACCCUUCCCGGGCAACAAAUGCUGCACAACCUAUGAAUGCUGUUCAACCUUAUCGCUCUCUUGCACGUCUAUUGCAGUCGGAACGUGUCCACGGCUCUACAGAGCGUGAUCCCACCCAGAAACGACAUGACUUUACCUACUUUAGCCGCGGCAGUUACUGGGUCCUCGUUGAAGAUAUGCAGCAAGAAUUAGCUACUAUUGCUGCCCAUGAGUACGAAGUAAGCAAGGGACGUGACUCGAGUAUAAAAGGGUCUUGGCCGGUUGCCCACUGUCAUCCUCACGCAAGAGGGCCUUUCAUUCCCUUUGAUGAUCGGGAGAGGCGACGUUGGGAGAGAAAUAAGAAGGAAGAGAUGGAGCAGAAGGAUGAGCAGGCUCGGGAACAGAAGAAAAAGUUAUUGCGCCUGGAGGCGAUGAAACGGAAAGCUCGUGCUCAAGUUCAUAGCAAAGGUCCCGGUGAUCUUCGGCGGUCCGCGUCAAUGAAUAAUUUACAUCGGAGAGGAAUACUUGAUGAACAAGAGGUCGGAGAGGCCUUAGGCGACGACAAUAUUGACUCAGCAAAUGCAUCGGGAUAUCUGGGAUCUGGUGCCUAUGUUGCAGCUUCAGGGAAUAGUGUCAGCAUCACAUCUACCACCGGCACAACCUCAACCACUGACUACUCGCAUUCCCGUCCUCUUCCCCCGUCUUUACGUGCACAAAUAGGUAACGAGGUGACUACAUCUCGGAGGUUGGCUUCGAUUGCCAAAGAUGGUGAUGGUAAAAGCACAAUGGGUCCUCCUACUUAUAUUCCCACCAGAAGCGGGCUCAGGAAGAGCCGAAGUACCAAUAGUCUACGCCUACCAAAGCGGGAGGAAGGCAGUAAACCAGGAUACUGCGAAUCAUGUCGAGUAAAGUUCGACGAUUUCAAAGUCCACGUAAAAACGAAGAAACACGAUAGAUACGCCAAUAAUGCCGCUAAUUUCUCCUCCCUAGACUUUGUCUUAUCUCGGAUCAGACGUCGAACACGCGCGGAAAUUGAGGCUGAUCAGCAACGGGAAGAGCAGGCUGAAGAAGAAGAGGAAUAUCCUUGCGAUGAUGAUGAUGAAUAGAUGUCUUUGCGUUGGUAGAUUUUAAUUCUUGCAUAUGAACCUGACUUUUUGAGUAUAUCACUCACUACCACCCCUGUCUUCAUUCUACAAGUCGUAUUCGUUCUAUCAUUCCUAGUUUUGUUUAAAUACCCCUCAUUGUAGCAUACACAGCAAUCACAGACAUCAUUUGCAUCGAAAUCAAGUGUACAGUCUUGGGCUUGAGCGUACUACGAGAAUACUCCAUGA